UUGCGUGAAAACUGAAAAGAGGCGCGCCGGUUUUAUUUUGAAAGAACGCCGACUUCCAUCACUGGCUGGCUGGCUGGCUGGAAAUCCAAGCGGAGAAGAAGUCAGUUUGAUGGAUCCUUUUCGUAGAAGAAGUCUACCGUCAUUAUCAUCAUCAUCGAUUGCAAUUGCAAUUGCAGAGAAUCUAACUUCACUAAUAAUAAGAGUUGGCAAGAAUCGGUCCAACAACAUUAGCCAACUUAAGCAAAUCCACGCCCAGAUACUCAUUAAUGGAUGUAUCAAUUCCUCAACCACCCUCCUCACCAACUUCCUCAUAUCCCAUUAUCGUUCUCACGGAGGAGGCCCUCACUUCCCUCUCCUCUUCUUGCAAUCUCUUCCCAAGCCCGCUGAACCACUGCUGUGGAAUUCCAUUGUUCGAUUCUCUAUCGAUUCUGAUAAUUGGUCUGAUUUCUCGUGUUUCUAUAAUGCUAUGCGCCUUAAUCACUUUGCUCCUAACACGACCACUAUUUGUUCCAUCCUCAAAAAAUGCGUCUCUAUAGCUGCUCUUCAAUUCGGGGAAUCAUUUCACUGUCACAUGAUCAAGCUGGCUACUCUUUUUGACAUCGUCGCACAAACAGCCCUGCUCGAUUUCUACUCCAAGCUUGGCAACAUCACCUUUGCACGCCGUCUGUUCGAUGAAAUGCCUGAAAGAGAUAUUGUCGUCAAUAAUGCUAUGUUAUCCGCACUCGGUAAAAACGGCUUCAUCGGGGAUGCACAGAAUCUUUUCGACAACAUGAUGCCUCAGAAGAACUCCUGUUCUUGGAAUGUCAUGAUAUCUUGUUAUUGCAAAUCCGGUCGAAUUGAAUACGCCCGUUCUAUUUUCGACCGCUGCCACCUGAGAGAUGUAGUGUCCUGGAAUGCCAUGAUCGACGGGUAUUGUAAACUGGGCUGGCUAACAAAUGCACAGGAGUUGUUCGAUCGAAUGGGAACUAGUAAAAAUUUUGUUACCUGGAAUACCAUGAUUGCAGGGUUUGUACAAGCAAGGCAAUUCAAUCGAGCAAUUCAAAUGUUUCGGGAAAUGCAAUCCGAGCGUGUGAAGCCCACGGAAGUAACCAUGGUUAGCUUAUUAUCUGCUUGUGCACAUCUCGGUGCUUUAGAUAUGGGCGAUUGGCUGUACGCUUAUAUAAAAAGGAAAAACUUAAGAGUCGACGUUGUCUUGGGUAACGCUUUGAUAGAUAUGUACUGCAAAUUGGGGAGCGUAGAAACCGCACUCGAUGUCUUUCACGGCCUCCGCGUCAGAAACAUAUUUUGUUGGAAUUCAAUGAUUGCGGGCUUAGGGAUGAACGGAUUCGGCAAGCAAGCAGUUACCCUUUUCGGUUCCAUGGGAAGCCAAGGAGUGAAGCCAGAUGGAGUAACUUUUGUCGGGCUCUUGAGCGGAUGUGGCCAUUCGGGAUUGGUUUCCACGGGAAAAAACUUUUUCUCUCAAAUGGAUGAUGUUUACGGUUUAAAACCCGCGAUUGAACAUUACGGUUGCAUGGUUGACCUAUUUGGUCGGGCUGGGUUACUUGAUGAGGCGUUAGAUCUCGUGAAGAACAUGCCGGUUAAGCCAAACGCGAUUGUGCUGGGAAGUCUUCUCAGAGCCUGUCAGGUUCAUAAAAAUACAGAAAUAGGGGAGCAGGUUACCCGGCGCCUUUUGGAGUUGAAUCCAAGCGAUGGAGGAAAUUAUGUGUUCUUGUCGAAUCUUUAUGCGUCGCUAAAUCGGUGGGAGGAUGUGAACGUUUGUAGGAAAUCGAUGGCGGAGAAGGGAGUGCAGAAAACACCAGGGUGCAGUUCGGUGGAGUUGAAUAAUACUGUACACGAGUUUGUGGCUGGGGACUUUUCGCAUCCACAGUUUUUGCAGAUCAACGCAUUUAUAGAUGUUAUGGAGAAGGAACUGAAGGUGAAUGGAUACGAGGCGGAUACGGGCUUAGUGUUGCAUGACAUUGAGAACGAGGAGAAAGAGACGGCGAUUAAAUAUCAUAGCGAGAGGAUUGCUGUUGCGUUUGGGCUGAUGAGCAGUCCUGCGGGCAAGACAAUCCGGGUGGUGAAGAACCUAAGGACUUGUAAUGAUUGUCAUUCUGCAAUGAAAAUAAUAUCGAGGAUAUACGAAAGAGAGGUGAUUGUGAGGGAUCGUCACCGGUUUCACCAUUUCAAGAAUGGAAGUUGUUCUUGUAAUGAUUAUUGGUGAUUCUAAUGUGGUUCACUUCACUUCUCGUCUUGAUUAUUUAUCAUCCCAAAGUGGGUGGGUG